AAAGAACCCCGCUAAUAAACUAUCAAACCCAUCCCCUGAUCUACUAAACACUCCUGGACCUUCUCGACAAUCCGAAUCCCAGCAUCACUCUGCAGUGUUCACUCUGCAGUCAAAGAAGCCAAUAUGGGGAGCACAACCACAGCCCCAUUCAAAGACUUCACCGUCACCAUCGUCGGUGGUGGAAUCGGAGGUCUCACCCUGGCCGCAGGGCUUCUACGCCGCAACGUCCCCGUCCAAAUCUACGAAGCCGCGCCCGCAUUCGCAGAGAUCGGCCUCGGCCUGUCCAUAGGGCCAGCCGCACACCGCGCCAUGCCACUCAUCGACCCGCAGAUUCGGGACAUCUACGAUUCCCUGGUCACCACGCAUGCGGAUAGCCCCGGGUACGAGAGCUACCGGCAAACCUGGUUCGAGAUUAUCUGGGCGUCGGGCCAGAAAGAGGGGAAGUUGUUGAUGGAUCUAAAGGCAUUACCGUCCGGACAGACGACGUUGAGACGGGCGGAUUUUCUGGAGGCGCUCGUUGGCUUGAUUCCACCCGAGAUCGUGCAUUUUGGGAAACGGCUGGACAAAGUCACUGAGGAUGCGGACGGGGUGGAAUUGGUGUUUGAGGACGGGUCGUCCGUGGUGGCUGAUGUGGUUGUUGGGUGUGAUGGGAUCAAGUCCCGGGUGAAGGAGUCGAUGUUUCCGGGGACCUCGGAGGACACGCUGCCGCGGUAUAGUGGGAUGUAUGGGUAUCGGGCCGUGUUGGAUAUGGAGGAUAUGAUUGAGGCGGUUGGGGAGCAGCGGGCGCGGGUUUCGACGAUGUAUAUCGGCGACGGGGCAUAUGGGAUAUCGUAUCCGAUUAUGCGUGCGAAGAAGGUCAAUGUGGGACUUUAUAUUCUCAGUGAGAAGUGGGAUUGUGAGACAUGGGUGAGACCGGCGAAGAGGGAGGAUAUGCAGCUUGAUGCGAGCAAUAUGGGUCGAUAUGUGCAGUCACUCAUCGAGCAUAUGCCCGAUCCCUCUCAAUGGGCCAUCUUCGAACACCCUCCAAUCUCCGCGUUCUGUCGCUCCCGAGUGGCUAUUCUGGGAGAUGCCGCCCACGCGUCGACGCCGCAUCAGGGCGCAGGUGCCGGACAGGCGAUCGAGGAUUCCCACGUGCUGGCUGAAUUACUCGGUGACUCCCGUGUAAGAACAGCACGGGAUGUGGUGGCCGCUUUCAAGGCAUAUGAUGAGAUUCGGCGCCCUCGGAGCCAGAGAGUUGUCACGAGUAGCAAGGAGAAUGCCUAUCUUCUUUGUCUGUGUUUGGAUGGGGUUGAGGAUGAUGAAACGAAGCUCAAGCAAACGUUUCAGUCUCGGCUGCAUUGGCUUUGGGAUUUGGAUGUUCAGGGACAGGCUGAGCAGGCGAGAGAGAGGAUGCUCAAGUUCCUGGGAUCCAGAGAGGACGAGGGGAUUCCAAUUGGGUAAAUUAUAAGUGUGGGUAUAACGCAGCCUGUUGGUGACCAAAUUCUACCAAACUAGUCGAAUCUUGACACUGGUAUGAUGAAAUGAGCCUAUACACAAGUUCCUGCUUUAUUCUCCACGGUAGUAUUCGACUACGCUCUCGGGGGAUCGUUGCAAUCUUUUUAUCCAGUCGCUAGCUUUAGAUUUCUAGACACUGGGGAUACCAAUCGAAGAAAGCCUGUUAUACUGCAAAUAAUAAGACACGUUCUCUGACCCGC